UUGGAUAUGGAUUGGAUGAUUGGAUCGAGUAAAACAAUCAAAACAAAUCAAAUAUUCAAUUAAUUUAUUACAAAAUAAAUUAUAUAUCACACAUUCACAAUAUCUUAAUUUAUAAUGUUUCUUUGGUCUUGGGGUGCGAAUUCACAUGGACAACUUGGUCAAAACCUUGUCAAUGAGCAAUUAGAUAAACCCACAAAGAUUGACUGUACAGAUUUAUUUCAAAGUAUCAGUGAGAUUGUUUGUGGUGGAGGUCAUUCUCUGCUCCUGGAUGGAGAGGGCAAGCUGUUCUCAUGCGGCUGGAACCACAGGAAGCAGCUCGGCGACGAACAGGAAGCUCAUCAGUUUCACAGAGUAUGGCCAUUGAGUGGUAUUAACUUUUACAAAAUUGCAUGCGGCUGGGACUUCAGCUGUGCAGUGUCAGAUGACCAAUUCCUCUUUGUGUGGGGCUCCAACAGUCAUGGCCAGCUUGGACUCCCUAAAAGCCAUUUCAAAGAAUCCAUGAAGCCUAUAAGACUGCAAGUUAAUGCUAAGUCAGUAUCAAUGGGAUUGCGCCACACUGCCAUUGUCAAUUCUAAAGGUGAAGUCUGGAUUACAGGCUGUGGAAAGUAUGGACAGUUGGGUCUUGGUGAAGAAAUCCUCUCAGCAGACAGGUUUGAAAAGGUAUCAAAAGUGGGUAAAAUAUCUCACAUUGCUUGUGGGCAGAACCAUACACUAGCUUGGAGCUCAGAGGAAUAUGCCCUGUAUGUGUGGGGAGACAAUAAGCAUGGCCAACUAUUGCUGAGCCCAGAGAAGUAUAAGAAAAUUUUUGACCCUCAGAAAAUUGAUAUAGAUGUGAGACAAGAUGUCAAAAAGCUAUUGAGUGGGUGGACAAAUGCUUUGCUGUGGUUGGGUAAUGGUAAAAUACUAACAUGGGGCAGAAAUAACUAUGGACAGCUUGGCACAUCAAAGGAAGCUAAUUUUGGAAAACUAGUAAAUGUUUCAUUACCAGAUGAUAGGCAAAUAAAAGACAUAGCAAUAGGAUCUGAGCAUACAAUUUGCUUGGCAGCUGAUAACACUCUGUGGGCAUGGGGCUGGAACGAGCAUGCCAACACCGGCACAGGCUCGGGAGAUGCAGUGUUUCAUCCCACCCUCGUGCCUAUAGAUACUGGGGACAAUAGUCUAAUAAUGAGAGUUUAUGCUGGGGGUGGACAUAAUUUUGUGGUCACCAGUAAACCAGUUAAAGAGGAAGAAAAUGGUGCUAGUGAUUGUGAAGGGAAAGUGCCCAAUGAGAUUUAAAGAAUGGUUACUUUGAACUGGUGUAAAAAUUGUUUUAUUAGAAAUCUAGUCAUUUUAACUGUUGUAUUUUUAUACAGAUUACAAAGUGUUUUAAUAAAACCAUUAUUGGGUACAUACACAUA